CUGGUAGGUUCUAAUCCUCGACUGUACCAAACCACCAAAUCGCGAGCCUGCAGCGAUCAUCACGUUCGACGACCCCGGCGCUACUGAGAGUAAAGAGCACUAUUCUUGCCUGCCUCCUCAAUAAAAAGGACCCCACUUUACCUGCAGUCCCAAGCUAUCGAGUCAACCCCGAAUAUGACAUGAAUUGAGCUUUGUCUUGAUAAAUCAAGCAUUCGCCAUCGACUUCCCUGUUUCUCUCACUCGCGUCCGCCUACGGACGCAUCGCUCAAUUUUACGCCAUGACGUCCCUUCAUAAUGGCCACGUCAAUGGCACCACCAACAACCACGUCCCACCGGCCGCGACACCGCCAGCUAAUCUUCGCUUUUCCGACAUUCCUUCUGCGAUUGAUAUUCCUGCAUCAACCCUUGACAGCGAAGUCGAGGUUAGUCUAGAGGUCCUUCCCGACGAUCCGACCGAGCUGUGCACCCUUUUGGAGAACGAGAAAGCCGCCAAAAACUUUUGGGUGACAAUCGCGCUCGCGUAUGCCAAACAAAACCAGCUCGACCAUGCGAUUGACAUCCUUAACAAAGGGCUGGCUUCUGCAGGCCACGGGGCGAUCAAGGAGAAACUCGGGCUUCUAAGCUGGGUCUGCUGGUUGUUGAUGCUAAAAUGCCGACAAGCGCCUCGUGUUCUGAACGAGUCCGAAAACUACACAGAUUCCAAAACCAAAGACUAUUACCUACAGCAAGCAACAUCUACGCUGAAUGAGGCCUCACGAUUGAAUCCGGCUUUCCCUCCUCUUUUUCUGGCACGCGGUGUUCUGUCUCUCCUACGCGCGUCAAUGCAACCUCUCCGACCGACGCGUACGGGGGGUAUCGAUACCUCCGAACGCGCCGAAUCAUUACGUCAGGCCCUCAAGUGUUUUGAGGAAUCGUCCAAGGUCUUUGGUGGUCGCAAUAUAAUGGCAAUCCUCGGUCAUGCACGUGCGCAGUACAUGCUGGGCCGCUAUUCGGAAGCAUUGGAAGGUUAUCAGCUAGUACUUGUGAAAGCGCCUGGGCUGAGGGACCCUGAUCCUCGCAUCGGCAUCGGCUGUUGUCUGUGGCAAUUGGGAUUUAAAGAGCAGGCAAAAGCCGCCUGGGAGCGGGCGCUUGCAUUGAACCCCGAUUCAAAAGUCGCCAAUAUCCUUCUUGCAGUCUACUAUUUGUACGACAGCUCCCGACACUCCACCACAGACCCGGCCUUUGGUUCUCUAUAUAAGGUGGCCAUGACACAAUAUACGCAGAAGGCAUUCAAACUGGAUAAAGAGUACCCAAUGACAUGUGCUCUCUUCGGCAGCUACUUCCUCCUGCGCAAGUCAUAUAGUACUGUUGACAGUUUGGCCCGAAAGGCCAUCCAACAAACAGACGUAAUGUCGAUUGCCAGUGAUGGAUGGUAUUUGCUUGGGCGGAAAGCGCACUAUGAAGGCGACCUCGUUCACGCAGCGGAAUAUUACAAUCGAGCGGACCAGGCCCGCGGCGGUGAGAAUGGUUAUCUUCCUGCCAAACUAGGUAGUAUACAGAUGCAGGUCUCAAUCAGCAAGGAUUUUGACGGAGCCAAGUUCCGGCUGGAGAAAAUCAUCCAACAGACCAAGAACCCGGAGAGUAUGAUCUUGCUCGGUGCCCUCUACGCAGAGGAGGUGUUUGCAGCUAGCAGCAAAGAUGAUAAGUCCGCAGAAGCCAAGAAAGCCAUUGGACUUCUAGAGUCUGUCCGUACUCUUUGGAAGGACGAGAGCAAGAAGAUUCUGCCCGACGAGUCGGUCUUGGUUUACCUGUCCCGCCUGUACGAGCAGACCGCCCCGGAAAAGAGCAUGCAAUGCCUCACUCAGCUGGAGGAAAUGCAACUCGCUGAGAUUCCUGGAGAGGAACGUCCUGAAGGUGUGGAUGAUGUGGAGCAGAUCAAGCUUAUCCUUCGCAAACAAUUACCUCCACAGCUACUCAACAACAUGGGAUGCUUCCUAUACCAAGCAGAGAAGAUUGAACUUGCUCGGACGAUGUUUCAAUCCGCACUCGAUGCCUGCGUCAAGUCCCAGGGACAGGAGAGCGAGCUCGAUACGGAUGCUCUUGUGACUACCAUCAGCUACAAUUUGGGCCGUACUUAUGAGGCAGCCGACAUGCCAGAUGAUGCCAAGAAGGUAUACGACGGAUUACUAGCGCGUCACGCUGACUACACAGAAGCCAACGCGCGAUUGACUUACAUUGCUCUGCGACAAAGCCCAACAGAUGAGGGCCCCAAAAAAAUGGCUAAGCUAUAUGAAGCCGAUGCAACUAACCUUGAGGUACGAGCCUUGUUUGGCUGGUAUUUGAGCAAGUCCAAAAAACGCGCGGCCAACCUGGCGGAAGACCACGAGCAGCGCCACUACAAACACACUUUGCAAUACUAUGAUAAGCAUGACCGGUACUCGCUCACGGGAAUGGGUAACAUUCAUCUUGCUGCAGCACGUGACAUGCGGCGGGACACCGAUCAAGACAAGGAAAAGCGGCGGAAGAUGUACGAGCGUGCGGUGGAAUUCUUCGACAAGGCUCUGCAACUGGAUCCAAGGAACGCCUACGCAGCGCAGGGUAUCGCCAUUGCGCUCGUGGACGACAAAAAAGACCACGCUUCUGCGGUUCAUAUCUUCUCCAAGGUUCGAGAUACAUUGCGUGAUGCUAGUGUUUACCUCAAUCUCGGCCACGUCUACGCGGAGCUUCGGCAGUUCACGCGGUCGAUUGAGCAUUACGAGGCUGCCCUGUCCCGCGACCGGGCUCGUGACGCACAGGUUCUUGCCUGUUUGGGUCGUGUCUGGUUGCUGAAGGGUAAGCAAGAGAUGAACUUGCAAGCUAUGAAGACAGCGCUGGACUACGCCCAGCGCGCCCAUGCCGUUGCGCCGGGCCAGGUUCACCUUGAAUUCAAUAUUGCCUUCGUGCAGAACCAGAUUGCCUCAUUGACGUACGGUCUCCCAGAAACGCAGAAGACGGUCCAGGACGUGGAAGAUGCAGCAUCUGGACUCCACAGUGCGGUGGAAACGUUUGGUCGGAUCGCGCAAGCCAAGAAUCCGCCUUACCCGGCCAGUGCUCUGGAGCAACGCGCAAACAUGGGACGCACAAUCAUCAAGCAGCUCGAGCGUGCCCUACAGAGUCAGAGGGAUUACGAGGAGAAGAAUGCGGCCAAACUCCAGCAGGCGCGCGAGGCGCGCGAAGCGGAAAUCCGGCGCCGAGAGGAGGAGGUGCGCCAGGCGCAGGAGGCCGAGCGAGAACGCAAGCAACGGGUUGCCGAGGAGCGUCAACGCAUGAUUGAGGAGGCACAGCGAUUGGCUGAGCAGCGUGCCGAAGAAGAACGUACUCGCGAAGAAGCGGAGCUAACAACGGAGUCGGAGACGGGGGCCAAGGUGAAGCGUAAGAAGCGGACCACCUCGAAGCGCAAGAAGAAGGGCACUGAGGACGACUUCAUCAACGAUGGCGGAGAUUCUCCUCGUCAGGCGAGAAGUAGCGAGCCUGAGAGCGAAGGCGCGACGGCGCCGAAGAAGCGUCGGCGCCUAGAGCGGCGGGCUGGCGGCAAGGUACAGAGCAAAUACAAGAGUAGCGAGAUGGUAGUAGACUCAGAUGACUCGGAUGCUGAGGCAGUGGCUCCGGCGGACGAUGACCACACAAUGGGUGACCCGGGAGCGGAUUCUGAAGACGAAGAGGAAGAUGUGGUGCAGCGACGUCGGGCCAAAGUCACGCGCCGCGUGGCUGAUGAUGACGAUGAGGAAGAGGGGGACGAGGACGACGAACCUGCAAAAACCGAGGCCUCGGUGGCUGGAAGGGGCGCAGGAUCUGGGGCUAAGCCUGAGGAAGUUGCGGGUGCUGGGGCCGAGGAAGGGUAUGUUGUAUUUGGGGGCGAUGAAGGAGAUGAUGAUGGGCUAUUCAAUGACCACGACGAAGAGGAUAUCCCCAUGCAAGAUGAUGAGUGAAGUCUAUGGUUGUGUUGGGUUUGAGAUGAGAAUGGAGUGAGGGGAAAGGAGGCACCAUGAGAUGGCAAGAACCAGACCGACUUUUAUUAGGGCAAUUACGUUUUGUGAGUUCAAUUCUGUUAUGCUCGUUCGCACCAUGCCGUUACGGUGGUCAGAUUAUGAGAAGGCGUUGUUGGAAUGGAAGUGGUGGGGGUGGGUUGUGUUGGUUGGCCUACUAGGUUAUGAGGUGCCUAGAUAUGUACAGUACAAUAAACAUAUUCUGACCUUCUUGAAUAUUAGUAUUAUGAG